CCCGGCCCGCCCCAUGGCACGGUUCGGCUUGCCCGCGCUGCUCUGCACCCUGGCCGCGCUCAGCGCCGCGCUGCUGGCUGCCGAGCCCAAGUCGAAAAGUUGCUCGGAAGUGAGACGUCUCUACGUGUCCAAAGGCUUCGACAAGAACGAUGCCCCCACGCACGAGAUCAACGGGGAUCAUUUGAAGAUCUGUCCCCAGGGUUACACCUGCUGCUCUCAAGAGAUGGAGGAGAAGUACAGCCUGCAAAGUAAGGAUGACUUCAAAAGUGUGGUCAGUGAACAGUGCAACCAUUUGCAAGCCGUCUUUGCUUCCCGUUACAAGAAGUUUGAUGAAUUCUUCAAAGAACUGCUUGAAAAUGCGGAGAAGUCCCUGAAUGACAUGUUCGUGAAGACCUACGGCCACUUAUACAUGCAAAACUCCGAGCUGUUCAAGGAUCUCUUCGAGGAGUUGAAGCGCUACUACGUGGCGGGCAACGUCAACCUGGAGGAGAUGCUCCAGGACUUCUGGGCCCGCCUCCUGGAGCGCAUGUUCCGCCUGGUGAACUCCCAGUACCACUUCACCGACGAGUAUCUGGAAUGCGUGAGCAAGUACACGGAGCAGCUGAAGCCCUUUGGAGAUGUCCCUCGAAAACUGAAGCUCCAGGUCACUCGUGCGUUUGUAGCAGCCCGGACCUUUGCUCAGGGCUUAGCCGUCGCCAGAGAUGUAGUGAGCAAAGUCUCCGUGGUCAAUCCCACAGCCCAGUGUACCCACGCCCUGCUGAAGAUGAUCUACUGCUCCCAUUGCCAGGGUCUCGUGACCGUGAAACCAUGUUACAACUACUGCUCCAACAUCAUGAGAGGCUGUCUGGCCAACCAAGGGGAUCUGGAUUUCGAGUGGAACAAUUUCAUAGAUGCUAUGCUGAUGGUGGCCGAGAGGCUGGAGGGUCCUUUCAACAUUGAGUCGGUCAUGGAUCCCAUCGAUGUGAAGAUUUCUGAUGCCAUCAUGAACAUGCAGGAGAACAGCGUACAGGUGUCUCAAAAGGUGUUCCAGGGCUGUGGCCCCCCCAAGCCCCUGCCGGCCGGCCGCCUCUCCCGCUCCAUCUCCGAAGGUGCCUUCAGCGCCCGCUUCAGGCCAUUUCACCCCGAGGAGCGCCCGACCACGGCAGCCGGCACCAGUUUGGACCGACUGGUUACUGAUGUCAAGGAGAAGCUGAAACAGGCCAAGAAGUUCUGGUCCUCUCUUCCCAGCAACGUCUGCAAUGACGAGAGGAUGGCUGCAGGCAAUGGCAAUGAGGACGACUGCUGGAAUGGAAAAGGCAAAAGCAGGUACCUGUUUGCAGUGACGGGAAAUGGAUUAGCCAACCAGGGCAACAAUCCAGAGGUCCAGGUCGACACCAGCAAACCAGACAUACUGAUCCUUCGUCAAAUCAUGGCUCUUCGAGUUAUGACCAGCAAAAUGAAGAAUGCUUACAAUGGGAACGACGUGGACUUCUUUGAUAUCAGUGAUGAAAGCAGUGGAGAAGGAAGUGGGAGUGGCUGUGAGUAUCAGCAGUGCCCUUCGGAGUUUGAGUAUAAUGCAACUGAGCACUCUGGGAAGAAUGCCCAUGAUAAAGCCAGCAGCGCUGGGGCCCCCACCAGGGCCCAGCCCUACCUCCUCACUGCCUUUGGCAUCUUGUCCCUGGUCAUGCCGAGAGAGUGGAGAUAAUUCGCAACCUUAGAGAGAAAGUGUUCAUCAUCAAAAAGCUAACAAGGCGCCGGUUAUCACUUUUAUACCAUCCUAGUGACUGCUUUUUAAAUGAAUGGACAACGAUGUACAGUUUUUACUACAUGGCCACUGGUUUAAAAGAUGCUGACUUUGUUGUUGUUGUUUUUUUCCAUUCAGUUUUGCGGGCAAAGGGGACUUGGAACUUAAGGUCAGUCCUGCCCCCCUCCGAAUCAUGUUAAAAGUGGCUAACGGUGUAGGUACAGAACUCUAGUUAGUUGUGCAUUUGUGAUUUUUAUCACUCUGUUUGUUUGUUUGUUUGUUUUUUCUCUUUUUGUUUGUGGGUUUUUUCCCUUCGAUACGAUCUCACCUUGUUUCUUACAAGAAAACCAGGGUCCUUUCUUGGCAUGUAACAUGUACGUAUUUCUGGAAUAUUAAAUAGCUGUACAGAAGCAGGCUUUAUUUAUCACGUUAUCUCAUUAAAAGAAAAAGCCCAACAAGCAGUAACAUUGCCAUCUAUCCCUGUUGCUUUAGCUGCCUUCUCUGGAGAGAAGAGGAGGUGGUUUUGGGUUUUUUUUGUUAUUUUUAUGAAGCUAGGACAGAAUGUGAAGGCACAAGGAGGCUGUGGACCCACUUGUCGGGUUGCACUCGAGCAUCCAUACAAAACAAAGGCUUUGCUUCAUUGAACGCUGGUGACCGGAAGAGACUGCAGACUACCCGUUUUGGUUGAGUCGAAUUGCAUGAACUAAGAUCACAGAGCGGUCCAGUUCUGAAAGCCACUUGUACUCAAAGUGUAACCCAUCCAGGAGAUUCUUGAUGCAUUCUCCCUAGAAAGAAAGAAGGCAUUCAGAAUCUCCCAGUCGCCACAUGUUCACACGUAGUUUGGGGAUGGGGGUUGUUGUGGUUUUGGUUUUGGUUUUGGUGUUAAAUCCAGGCAAAUUAGCAAAAGCCGCUGUGUGCUGGUCUUUGUUUCCACACUUGGCCCUCUUGGAACUGAUAUUCCGAUGGCAGAAGUUAAGUGACCAACGAUCUCAUUGGGUACCACGUGUUCCAGUUUUCAAGUCGGGUCCUAGAGAGGGAGCUGUCUGGGGGCCCUGCUAGAAUUGGGGUACUGCCUGGGCGCAGGGAGUCGCUGUCAACACUCAAGCAAAUCAUACGGAUUUGCAUUUGGUUUGGAUCCCAGCUUGGUUGGUUUUUUUUAAAACGGCGAUUCUAAGGUGUCUUACUUGCGUCUUUUUCUUGCCCGGCCUCCUCUCAUCAGAACGGCAAAGGACUUGCGGUGGUUCCCAGCUGGGUACCACUCCAGCAGUCAGGCAGCCCACUGGGGGAGAUCUGAGUGUCCAGGUUUUUUUCAUGUGUUGUUGCUUUUAUUUGGGGGGGUGGGGGAUGGGCGAGACGGGGGAGUAGGUAGCGCUGAGAAGACAGCAUCUUAGUGGGGAGCCUUAGCCACGUGGGUGAACUGACAAAGGCAUUGUUUCUUGUCCCAGGCCAAAGAGCAGCCCCUGCCUCGGUCCCCCCUUAGGACCUAGCCCAUUCCCUGUAUCCUUCCUACCAAAUGCCAGCUCAUAAAACUAGGAGAGUGUGGCCCAUCACUGUAAAAGGAGUUCCCAGCAGUCUGCAGAAAGCAUCAAAUGCUGCAAGUCUCUUUGAGCUUGAGGUGGCCAUUACGAUCCCAGCCAGUUCCACAGGAGGCUGAAAGCCACAGAGCGGUUGUUUGUGUUAGUGUUCAAUCUUCGGGUGUAAGCGUAAUCCUCUAUUUUUAUAUUGAAACAUGAUUACUUGAUAGCUCAGGGUCGACACUUCACUCACCUUUUGACACCAAAUUCUGCAGAAUGGACAAAAUGGAAUAUCGGGGGCUGUUGUAAACAGAGGCUUAAUUUUAUUAGAAGUAGCCAGUUAUUUAUUAAAGCAUGGUGUUAAUAAAAUAGGCAUAUCCUGGCUGGUGUGUAUCAGUGUGUUGGUGUGUUUUUUUGUUUGUUUGUUUUUUAAACAAAUCACAUUGAAAAGGCGCUCCAUUUAUGUAUGAGGAAAGAUUGAUUGUAAAUAGCUAAGCUGCCUUGUGAGAACUUGGAAAAUGUGCUGAUGCUUAGUAACUACCUCAGUUGUGAGGCAUUUCCUUUUUAGCUUAGACUGCCAUUACUUUUACUUGGUAGAAAUGAAUCUGGUUUCCAAAAUGGGGCUCAAAGAGUUAUCCCCAUAGACCUUGUUAGAGUGUUUUAAUUUAAAACCUUGAACUCUGCCCAGCUGUUUUCUUUCAGUCAAGUUCUUGAAACCAAUAACAUUUUCCGAAUUAAAUAUUCUUGAAGGUUCUUCUGGA